AGGCUAGAAUGAAACACAAGUAAAGGUGACUAGAACUUGAGGACAUUUAGCCCAUAGUCGACAAAAACCGAGUUAGGGCUAAAAAAGAACCAGACUCCAAAGAAGAAGGAAGAACAAGGCCAUGGAGGGCAGCAAUGCGGAGGAAUUGGCCGUGGGUUGCUUCGUCUCCAUCAAGACCACCUUGGGCGACGACUUCCAGGGCCAGGUCAUCACCUUCGACCGCCCCUCCAACAUUCUCAUUCUUCAAGAGGGUUCCAAAGGAGGGCCUAAGAGGAACAUUAGGCUACUCAAGGCUAACUAUAUCAAGGAGUUGAGCUAUUUGGGUCAAGCUGAAGACCCACUUGAUAUUAAGAACUGUUUUCUUGAUCUUAAUAGUCUCAGAGCUAGAGAGGAAUCAGCUAUCAGACAAGCAGAGGCAGAGUGUGAGAGGAUUGGUGUAGGUGUCACCAGCCAGGCUCAGAACAUUUUCGAUGCUUUGUCUAAGACGCUUCCAGUACGCUGGGAUAAGACUGUCAUAGUUGUGAUGAAUGAGGUUCGUGUGAGCAGUCCAUAUCUUCCGGAGUCUGUCAGUGGAGGAACUCCUGCUGCCAAUGAUCGGGUGAAGAAAGUGCUUGAGUUGGAGAGGAGGAGGUUGCAAACUCGUGGUGGGGGUCAGUGAGGGUAAUGGAUUCACAUUUGAAUCUCGUUGCCUGAUAGGAAAAGAGGUUUCCUCGAGGGGUAAGUCCUUAUGGGUUUGUUUGUAUACUCAUCCUUCUUUAUGGGGAGCAUUUUAUCAUUUCUUUGAGACAUUUGAAGUCCUACUUCAAAGAAUCAAUUUAAUACUACAAUAUCACUUGAUUUGUAACUACACUGCUAUUUGCGCUAGUGCAGUUCAUUUAAUAUCUGUUCUGUUCUGUUAAGUGUUUAAAGAUUGGAUUUUACACCAAUAUGGUGCUAUUUGAUU